GUUCGUAUAUAUUUCUUACACGCCAAACCGGUAAACCCUAGAACCGGCUUGUUCCUCUUCCUCCGACGCACAGGGUUAUUUAACAGGUAGAGUUUCUUUCCUCCCCGCAACUCAUGGCUCCUAAAGCUGAUGUUUCUAAGAAGACUGAUCCAAAGGCACAGGCCUUGAAAACUGCCAAGGCAGUCAAGUCAGGCCCUUCCUUUAAGAAGAAGGCCAAGAAGAUCCGUACCUCUGUCACUUUCCAUCGCCCAAAGACACAGACAAAGGAUAGGAACCCAAAAUACCCUCGUAUUAGUGCCACACCAAGGAACAAGCUUGAUCACUACCAGAUUUUGAAGUUCCCACUUACCACCGAGUCUGCAAUGAAGAAAAUUGAGGAUAACAACACCUUGGUUUUCAUUGUUGACUUGCGCGCUGAUAAGAAGAAGAUAAAGGAUGCAGUGAAGAAAAUGUAUGACAUCCAGGCAAAGAAGGUUAACACCUUGAUCAGGCCUGAUGGUACCAAAAAGGCCUAUGUUAGGUUGACUCCUGAUUACGAUGCAUUGGAUGUUGCAAACAAGAUUGGGAUUAUCUAAGUACCUGGCUUUUCUCUGGUUCUAUUUAGAUGUUAGACAGUUCUAUGGUGAUCAUUGAUGGAAACUUUUGGAAAAGGGAUAAGUUCUAUAAUUUGUGCUUUGUUGUUUUGUAUUUUUUGUUUCAAUUGAUGACACUUAUCAGACCUUGUGUUUCAAUUUUGACUGGAGAGUUAUUUAAAUUGAUGAUUGACAUGAGCACACAUUAAAAAUUUUCAA